CAGUUCGACUCCAGUCUUCGAGUUCGUAAAGCUAGAAAACAUCAUCAUGCUGCCCACCAUUCAGAUCACCGUCGUCGCGGCCGCCUUCGUGCAGACGGCUUUCGCCUACUCCAGCUACAUGGAGCUCAUCCCGAACGGAGAGAACAUCGGCAAGAAGCUUGGCCACACGGACUCGGGUUACACAGAUUUCGGCACGCUCUUCUCGGACGAGGGCACCGAGUGGUCCAAGGUUUGCUCACAGACGUGGCCUGGUGGCUCAGUCACUUGCGGUGAGGCCCUGGGUGACCCGUGCUGCACCUGGAAGUCGGGUGACCCGGACUACACGCUGACGGAGCCCAACACAGACGGCACCACCUGUGCGUCUGCCUCCACUGCAACUAGUGGCGCCGCCGCCAGCACAGCAGCUAGUGGUGCCGAUACUGCUGCGAGCAGUGAAGCCACUCCCGAGACUACCGAAGCCAGCGGUGCCACGGAUGACUCGACGACGCAGGCCAGCAACACGACGGACAGCACCGCAGUGACGGACUCGUCCGAGUACUGCGAAUAAGCUAUUUGGAGGUCGGUUCUUCCUACGUGCUAGACGGUGGGGAUCAGUCCCCGCCAGUAGAUGUCGUCCGGAACUCUCACCGCUAGAAAGUGCGCAUAGCGGUAUGAAAUUGAGCUGCCCGCCCGCUUUUGGUGUGUUAACAAGUAUAGUUGCGUUUAUUUUUUUUGAGUAAUUGUUCAUGCCUUUAACUAUUACUCGAGUAUAACCGUAACCUGGACAAGGA